AUGUUCUCCAACGUCAAGCUCUCCAUCAUCACUGCCUUUCUGGCUUAUUCGCCCCUUGCAACUGCUGCCCCUCAGGGUAAAGACAUGAGCACCAAGACCAGUCUGGUCACCAAGCUGCGACUAGCUGACAGUGUUGUUGAUCGCUACAACCUCCUACCCGAGGACAAGGACUUCCACUUUAGCUUUAAUAGUACCCCGGCCCGUUUUGCCAAUGGCAAAACGUUCCCUGCUCUUACUGGAACUGGAAUUAGUCUGGCUGCUGCUGAAAUUCCAGGCUGCUCCAUGAUCGCAGUCCACACCCACCCUCGAGCAGCAGAGCUCUUUGCUGUUAUAUCCGGCCACCUCUACACCGAAGCCGUGCCCGAAGGCGGCGUCCUCGAUGCUGAAGGCAAGCCUCGUGUCAUCAGGAACGAGCUCGGUGCUGGUGAAGCAACUAUCUUUUAUCAAGGAGCGAUGCACUACCAAAUCAACACCGAGUGCGAUGCCGCUUUUGCGCUGGCUGCUUUCCCGUCCGAGGAUGCUGGUGCUGCUGGUGUUGCGGCUGGACUCUUCUCUGUCAAAAACGAGGCUCUGGUCAACACUUUUGGAGAGGUUAUCGAGGGUGAUGAUAUUGAUAAGAUUAGGGAUAGUAUAUCCAAGGAUGCUGGUUUCAAGGUUGAUCAAUGCCUUUCCAAGUGUGGUAAGCAGAAGCGUCAGGCUUAG